CCCGGAAGCGGGCGGCGGUUGGUGUCGGUGCGCGGCGAGCGGGGCCGGGCGCAGGAUGCGAGGCGCCGCCGCCGCCCUGCCCCCCCGCCCGCUCGCAGCCAGCGCCCGAGGAGGAGGAGGAGGAGCAGCGCAGCAGUAGCAGCAGCAGCAGCUCUAGGAACCGCCGCUGCGACAGCAUGAGCGGGGCUGCGGCGAAGCAGUCCUCCGACGCGGGCUCCGCCACGGAUCCCGCCGCCGCGGAGAAGGCGGCGGCUGGGGACUCGGUGCCGGAGCCGCCGCCACUGCUGAGCGUGGACGUGACGGGUUUGGUGUCGCAGUUUGCGAGGAGCUUCGUGCUGAUCUUCCCUGUGUACGUGCUGGGCUACCUGGGGCUGAGCUUCAGCUGGGUCCUCAUCGCUCUGUGCGGGCUCUUCUGGAUCCGCAGGCACCGCGGCGGCAAGACCUCCCGCCUGGGCCGGGCGCUCGCCUUCCUGGAGGACGAGGAGGAGGCGGUGCGGCUCAGCGUCUCCUCCGCGGAUCUGCCUGCGUGGGUCCAUUUUCCAGACACAGAGAGGGCAGAAUGGCUCAACAAGACUGUAAAACAGAUGUGGCCUUUUAUUUGCCAAUUUAUUGAGAAACUCUUCCGGGAGACCAUAGAACCAGCAGUAAGAGGAGCAAACAACCACCUCAGUACCUUCAGUUUUACAAAGAUUGAUAUCGGUCAUCAGCCUCUGCGGAUAAAUGGUGUAAAAGUGUACACUGAAAAUGUGGACAAACGGCAGAUCAUUUUGGAUCUUCAAAUCAGUUUUGUUGGAAACUGUGAAAUUGAUUUGGAGAUCAAGAGAUACUUCUGCAGAGCUGGUGUGAAAAGUAUACAGAUCCAUGGCACUAUGAGGGUUAUCCUGGAACCACUAAUUGGAGACAUGCCCCUAAUUGGAGCACUAUCCCUCUUUUUCCUCAGGAAACCUCUUUUGGAAAUUAACUGGACUGGGCUGACCAAUCUUCUGGAUGUACCAGGACUGAAUGGCUUAUCAGACACAAUAAUAUUGGAUAUAAUAUCCAACUACCUGGUCCUUCCAAACAGAAUUACAGUCCCCCUUGUCAGUGAAGUGCAGAUUGCUCAGUUGCGAUUUCCUAUACCAAAGGGUGUUCUAAGGAUACAUUUUAUUGAAGCUCAGGACCUGGAAGGGAAAGAUACUUACCUAAAAGGGAUUGUCAAAGGAAAGUCAGAUCCUUAUGGAAUCAUCCGUGUGGGCAACCAGAUUUUCCAAAGCAAGGUCAUCAAAGAAAAUCUCAAUCCAAAAUGGAAUGAAGUUUAUGAGGCCUUAGUAUAUGAACAUCCAGGACAGGAGUUAGAGAUUGAGCUCUUUGAUGAAGAUCCAGAUAAAGAUGACUUCCUGGGAAGUUUGAUGAUAGAUUUAAUUGAAGUUGAAAAGGAGCGUCUUCUAGAUGAGUGGUUUACUUUGGAUGAAGUGUCCAAAGGAAAAUUGCACUUAAAACUGGAGUGGCUCACAUUGAUGCCAACUGCUGAAAAUCUAGACAAGGUGCUAACAAGCAUUAGAGCUGAUAAAGACCAAGCCAAUGAUGGGCUUUCUUCUGCAUUGCUUAUUCUCUAUUUGGACUCAGCAAGAAACCUGCCCCAUAAUCCAUUAGAAUUUAACCCUGAUGGCUUGAAGAAGGCUGCUGUUCAGAAAGCCCUAAAGUCAGGAAAGAAAAUAAACAGCAAUCCCAACCCACUUGUUUUGCUGUCGGUUGGACACAAGGCACAGGAAAGUAAGAUUCGAUACAAGACCAACGAACCCGUGUGGGAGGAAAACUUUACUUUCUUUGUACACAAUCCCAAAAGACAAGAUCUUGAAGUUGAGGUGAGGGAUGAACAGCACCAGUGUUCUUUGGGGAACUUCAAACUGCCUCUAAGCCAGUUGCUGGAGAGUGAAGAUUUAACUAUGCAUCAGCGGUUCCACCUGAGCAACUCUGGUCCAAACAGCACUAUAAACAUGAAGAUUGCACUCAGGGUCCUUUCUCUUGAAAAGCAAGCAAGAUCUCCAGAUCAUCAACACUCAGCCCAAGUAAAAAGGCCAUCUGUUUCCAAAGAUGCAAGAAAAUCAUCUUUUAAGCCUCAGGUUCCUGUCUCGCCACCACCUGAUUCAAACAAACCUGUUCCAGCUUCCCCAGUGACUGACAGUGAUAAAAAGACUGAUACAGCUGAAAAAAGUCAGCCUCCCAAUGCCAGCCCUCAGUGGCCAACAGAUCUCAGCCGAAGUUCCUCCAGUCUUCAUGCCUCUAACUUCUCUUAUUCUCCCAGCCACCUCUCAGUCAAAGAACCCACUCCUAGCAUAGCCUCAGACAUAUCUCUGCCUAUUGCCACACAGGAGCUACGGCAAAGACUACGACAGCUUGAAAAUGGAACAACUCUGGGGCAGUCUCCCUUAGGACAGAUUCAGCUAACGAUUCGUCACAGUUCACAAAGAAACAAACUGAUUGUGGUAGUGCAUUCCUGCAGAAAUCUAAUAGCUUUUUCAGAAGAAGGAUCCGACCCAUACGUGAGAAUGUAUUUAUUGCCUGAUAAGAGACGAUCAGGAAGAAGAAAAACACAUGUAUCAAAGAAGACGUUAAACCCAGUAUUUGAUCAAAUAUUUGAUUUCAGUGUUUCCCUGCCUGAAGUACAAAGAAGAACACUAGAUGUAGCAGUGAAGAACAGUGGUGGUUUCUUGUCCAAAGAUAAAGGGCUGCUUGGCAAGUUACUAAUACCUCUGGCAUCUGAAGAACUCGCUAAAGGCUGGACCCAGUGGUAUGAUUUAACAGAAGAUGGUACAAGGCCACAGGGUGCAAGUUAGGCCCAUGGAUACUGGGAAUUCCCCACACAUACUUUUGCCAACCUUUAUAUAUUUUUAAAGCGUUGUUCUCACAGAUGUACCAAUAUUAUUUUUAUAGCUUUACUGAUUUAGUUCUUACAGACAUCCCCAAUAAUUUUAUAACACUUGGUCAUUUUAUGUAGACAUAGCUUUUCUCAUUGUUAAACUUUGUAUUUUAAUUUGCUGAACAGUUUAAUGUGUUACUGUAAUGUGCAAUAGUACAGUAAAGUAACCUUUUGUGUUUAAAUUGAUCGUUAUGACAGCUGUACCUAUUAGAAAGUGAGAAGAUGGUGUUCUGUUUUCCUGCCUUGUUUUAUAUCUCACCAAGAUAUACCAUACCAUGUAAAUAUAUACUAUUUUUUUAUAAUUCUUUCAUGCUGGUUUGAAUUCAGAAGAUUAGAUAAAGGAUAUAGAUAUUUUCUUCUAAAUGCAUGUUAAUUUCUUCAGAUGAAUCUCUUUUGUCUUUGCAGCACAAUGGUCUUAAUCAUUUUGUGAUAUUCUUCAAAAACAAACUGCAGAAAAGCAUUUUUACUUUAUUGUGUUUCUGGCCCAGUGUGGCUAGCUUAAAAUGUACAAAACAUUAACAUUUUAAUAUUUAUAUAUAAAUGUAUUAUUGGAAAAACAUACUAUAGAAUAUUAUAAACAAAAAUGAAAGUUCUAUAAGUAUUGUAUAAAUAGAGAAUGAGGUCCAUGAAUCACAGUUUCUAAAUCUGAGUUUUCAUUUUCAUUUAAUGGAGUAAACAUGACAAACAGUACAGUUUUACUAUACAGGUUUGCUCAGAUUUUGUUAUUUAUUCCUGUACUUCAUAGUACCAGAUGUGACCUUUUUGAAGGUAUAAGGAAAUGGGUUUUUUCUGUAUUGUAAACAAGACAAUCUCCAACUACUUAGAACCGUCCUUACUACCUUGUUUCACUGAUUUAAAAGGUAUACAAAUCAGCUUGCAAUGUAAUUUCAUAUAGUAGGCAUACGUACAAGACAUGUUAUUUUUAUUAUACAAUACUCUGCUAAAUAGUAUAUUAUGCUAUACCUUCUGUAAUACUAAAAUGGAAAACCCAUCAGAAAGUAAGUGUGAAACUGAGUUGAAACUGACUGUCUUUACAGUUGCUUCAUUGCUACUUAGUGUGUUUGGUGCAUGAAGAAAAUGCACUUCAGUGGUCCACCAGGUUUCUUGAGAAAUAAUGGCACUCUACUGAAGCAUCGCCACAGUCUGCUGCAAGACUACAGCAGCAAUACACUUAGCACAAACUGAUAAAAGUACACUGUUGAGAGCUGAGGGGAGAGUAUCAGCCUGAACAGCUGAGCUCUUAACUCUAAUCUUACGAAUUACAGGAAUUUUUUUUUGUAUUCAGAAUUGAUUUUUCUUUUUCUGGUAAGUUCUCUCAGACUGUUAUAAAAAUGUGCAUUAAGAAUCCAAGAGAACAGUUCUGCUCUUUCAGAGCCAACGCCCUCAUUCUUGGGUAAGUAUGCAAUUACACAGACAAAAUAUAUUAUUUAGUUAGGAUUCUAGAAUGGUCUCUCAGCCAAGAAAGAAUUUUAAAGAAUAUUUAAAAAAUAAUAAACUCCUGAAAUUAGCUUUAUUGUAAGAUUACUGACAGAACCUUAAAUCUAGAUGUAGAAUAUGCCUACAUUACUAGAUGUACCAAAGUGCCUACCAUAGAUGUAGCUUUUUGUCUUUUUCAAGUUUAAGAAUUGCCUCGUUUCAGUUCGUCUACAUUCGGUUUAACAUGACCAUUUGUCACAGAUGUGUGUGACACACACACACAUACACCUCUGUACAGUGCUGGCCUUCUUAUUGCUACAUUUCAUACCACGCAAUUUUAGCAAACUAACUUACAAUGUAAAUUCUGCUGCUGUUACUUUCUGAUGGACUGGGCAAUAGAGGGAGGUUCCUUGGAAAAAAUCAUUUCCAUUUGAGGGCUUCACUCUAUAUUGGAAUGUAUGAGUAUCUAUAUAUGUACACUCACGCUCAUCUGUUCAUAUAAAAUGUAAUAUAUUACAAAAGAGAUUUUCUUUGCUAGUUCUCCAUUAAAAUGUUAAGAAUGGAAAGGCAGAGAAUUAUUGUUAAUGCAAUGAAAAUGCAGAAAGGGAAAGCUGAUCUAAAUAAAGGAGCUCCAAGUGCAGCAGCUCAGCAUAAUCGGCUUUUGCCUUGGUUCAGCCUGAGGUAAAAGGACUUCUGCUGUACUCCUUGGCCAGUGACUCCCCUGAGUUUGACCCAUAGCCAGGAAAUGGGCUGUUAGACUGAUUAGGUGUUUCAAGUCUUAAGUGAAGCCUGGGGAUGGAUGUUCAAAGACUGCAUCUAAGCAAAAAAGUGCACAUUUUGUCUUCUGAAGUCUCGAGGAGGAAAAGAAUGCUGUGUUUGGGUAAAUGUGAGAUGAGCGCGCAAAGUGAGUAACUGAAUAAAAUAUAUAGGACAGGUUUCCAAAAUAGCUUACAACCUAAAAAUAAGGCUAGGUUCUUAAGAGAGCCCAGUUCCCAUUUACGAAUCUAAAAUUAAGAGAUAGAGUUGUCAUUGUAAUUCAGUAAUUCCUAUUGACUGUAAUCAGUCCUGGAUGCCAGAUUCUUCAGAAAUAUUCUCUUGAGUGAAUUUGGAUCAGAAUAUGACUGCCUAGGUGAGAUUGAUUCUUUCAGUAGUGGAAACAAACCACUCAUAGUUAUUAAAUUCUGAUUGUUCCAUUUAUAUGGAAUUAGGAAGGACAAACCUAAUUUUUCUUCCGGGCAAAAAUUGCACCUCAUUAUCAAGUCAAUGUAUUCAAUAUCAACUGAUAGUUUUUCAUGUAGUUCUUGUUUAUCCUGUGCCUUAAAAUAGGGACAUAUGAAGAUGUUUAAGAAAUGGCUAAAAAUAAGCUUUGUUACCUGUAUGCGUCAACACGUUCUCUACUGUUGAAACUGUUUUUAGAAUUACUCUGCUUCACUGACAAGAAAACCAGCUUUCUUUAUUAUAGCAGUGGUAUAACCUGAACUCAAAUCAGCAUGCAUAUCACUUGGAUUUGGAUUAAAGGAAUUUUCAGUUUCUAUCUUGAAUCCUUUAUCAGAGCUGCAGCAAAUGGUGAGAGUUGAAAUGAGAACAAAGGGUAAUCAAUUUUGUACAGAUUGCCUUUUCUGCUCAUGUAAUUCUACAUUAUGAUGCAUGUAUUUAUUCAAUAAAUGGUUCAUAUGGAAA